AUGGCGACACUCGGAGGCUACUUGAACAAGAAGGUGCUCAUUGUCACAGUCGACUCGAGAAUCCUCGUCGGCAACCUCGAGGCCGCAGACCAAAACACAAACCUCGUCCUCAGCAAUGCCCAAGAGCGCGUGAUCCAGACCCCCGAGAGCGGCGAGCCCUCCGUCGAAGUCCCCCUCGGCCUCUACCUCGUGCGCGGCGACAACGUCUGCACCGUCGGCCUCGUAGACGAGCAACUAGACGAGAGCAUCAACUGGACUGAGGUCAAGGGAUCCGCCAUUGGAGGAACGAAGCACGUAUAG